AUGGGUCAAAGUGUGUCAAUUUCCAAAGUUGUAAAAGAUUCCAGUAAAGCUGGUAAAUCCAUCCAUGAUUUAACGGAUGUCACUAGCAAUAAAAUUAAAGAGAAAUUUGAAUUGGAUAUUGCCAAAGGUUUAUUGGAAUCAGGUCUAUCUCAUCAUAUGUUAGUUUAUGAAGGUAGCUUUAGCCAAAUAGAAUAUGAAACAGAGUCAUCUAUAGAUGAGUUGGGUAUCAUAGUAACAUCAGAGUUGAAUAAGAUCUCUUUGGCUGCACAAUCCAACAAGGUUUUUGGUGAAGAGUUUUAUGUAACACCCGAUUUAAUUCAAUCCUAUAUAGACUUUGUCAGUGCCUUCUACCAAUAUUCAAAGAUAGCCUCCACCUCCGAAAAAGCUUCCUACUCAUCCGAAUAUUCCAGAAUAGUAGAGAGUCUCUUUUGUUUUAUCUGUUGCUCUUCCGUAGCCAUCCAAGAUGAAGCUCUCUUUGGAGAAGGAACCGUAAUCAUCACCACCUAUAAAGUUAAAAUUAUUUAUAGUGAAGAUGAUCUAAAAACAUUUGACCUACAAAACAUUCAAGAGAUGAAUAGAGCUACCGCUGACAUUCUUAGUAGUUCAAAGAAAACCGAAGAUACCAACUAUAAACACGGUGAUUUUUCUCAAAAAGAAUAUAAAAUAAGACAAAGUAAUAGAAAUACAGCUUUUAAAGAUUUCUCACCUUAUUAA